ACCGCAGAGGUUCAAGCACGACAAAAUGCCGAACGCCAGACUGCAAUACCGCCGCCGGAACCCGUACAACACGCGGUCCAACAAGGUUCGCAUCAUCAAGACCCCUGGUGGUGUUCUCCGGUACCUUCACCUGAAGAAGAAGGGCACUGCUCCCAAGUGCGGUGACUGUGGCAUCAAGCUCCCCGGUAUCCCCGCUCUGCGCCCCCGCGAGUAUGCUCAGAUCUCCCGCCCCAAGAAGAACGUGAGCCGUGCCUACGGUGGUUCCCGCUGCGCCGGCUGCGUCAAGGACCGCAUCGUCCGCGCCUUCCUGAUCGAGGAGCAGAAGAUCGUCAAGAAGGUCCUCAAGGAGUCCCAGGAGAAGGCUGCUGGCAAGCGCUAAGCAAAGUCUGUUUUCGUCGGUGUUGGUCUUUUGGGGAGCGAACGUUACGGAAAAAACGGGAACGGUUCUCUUAGAUUCAAAAAAAGGAUGAACAGGAACCGCUAGCACGCGAGCC